UGAGGUCCUUUGUUGGACUGAUGCGAUGGCAUUCAGUGUGACCGUGCCAACUCGCUCACUCUCUCACCGUGCCACUUCAGAGUCCCGCCCGGGUUUGCAUGCGCUUCUGUCCCCUACAGACAGCGCCGAAGGAGUUUCCCCUCCUGGGUCGUUGCUUGUGUAAUAUUAGUCAGAGGAGUGUGUGUGUGAUUUGUUUUUUUGGCUCAGUGUUUGAUCACAGCCAAUCCGAGCCCCACACACUCUGAUAACAUCCACAUGCAGAGUCUCUGAUGAAGUAGAAGUGAGACUGAACGGCGCUGGCCGUACACCCAGCCAAGUCUGAAUCUUUCUUCACCUCUCUAUGUGUAUAUGGUAUUCAGUCUUCCAACAAAACGAGGCAGUUCGCUCCUGACAACCUCACUGCCGAUCAACAUCCCCGGGUUUACACACUAAAGCAGCAACAUCACUUCUGCAGGAUGUAUCAGAAGCUCAUCAACCUCCUUUUCCUGGUCGGCACGUUAAUGGUGGCAGUGGAACUGAAGAAGAACCGGCCUCCGGGAGCCAUUCCACCUCUCUACAAGGGGAACACCAACAGCUCAGAGAAGCGGCAACAUCGAAGGCCCGAUGUCCUUGCCUCCAGCCAAGAGGCGCUGGUGGUGACGGAGAGAAAGUACCUGAAGAGCGACUGGUGUAAAACUCAGCCCCUCAGGCAGACCAUCAACGAGGAUGGGUGCCUGAGCCAGACCGUCAUCAACAGGUUCUGCUACGGACAGUGCAACUCCUUCUACAUCCCCCGGCACAUUAAAAGGGAUCAAGAAUCAUUCCAGUCCUGCGCUUUCUGCAAACCCCAGAAGUUCACUACCCUGACUGUCAAGCUGAACUGCCCUGACUUGCAGCCUCCCUUCAGGCACAAGAAGAUCCAAAGAGUGAAACAGUGCAAGUGCAUGUCAGUAAAUGUGAAUGAUUGGAGCAAACAGUGAAAUAAGAGAAACAAUCACAGCCUCCCUAUAGUUAGUAGGAAAUACACCCGACUUCCAACUCAUCCAUCAGCCCUCAAUACUGGUAGAAAGCAAACGUGGUACAAAACCUGCCCUAAAGUGCGAGUAAAAUUUUAAAUUCAACGUGGCCUGCAUUUGUUACUGCCUGACCCGCUGGGUUACUCCAGCUUUUUGUGCUCAGUCUGAAGAAAGGUCUAGACCAAUUCCUUUUCUCCAGAGUUACCGCUUGAUCCGCUGAGGUACUCCAGAGUUUUGUGUCUAUCUUCGGUUUCAACCAGCAUCUGCAGUUCCUUCCAACACAAACUGCAUUUAUUUAACUGGGAGCAUUGAGCUGGAUGCCCUGGUCACCCAGAUAUAGGAUGCCUGUUAAAAAAAAAUCUUGUUUGUUACAGAAGAGAGAGCAAAAUACUUUUGACAAAACAUCGCUUAAAAACGAAUUCCAGUCCUAAUAUUACAAGCUGCCCUAAACCCAGAUGCAGACUCCACAAACAGUUGAAGUGCAGCCGUCCCUAUUCUGACUAUCUUUAUAAAGAUAUUUUAUCCUCCAGUCUGGACAUUUUCACUUUCAUUUUGCACAUCACUGUCGCCCAUGAUUUGAUACGGAUGUGGUGCCAAAACAGAUAGGAGACUUUUUGUUUGAUGGUUCAAUGCAGAUAAGAGAAUUUGAACUGCUUAGACUGUGGACAGACAUGCAGUGUUCCUGGAGCACAGAGAACGAGCCUGGGACUCAACCAGUACUUUGCACCUCUGAACUGCCAGAAAUCCAAAGUCUCGACCGUGUUUUACGUGGGAUUAUUCCGAUCAAACUGCAUUGAAGAUGAUAGUAUAUAUUUAACUAUUCAAGAACAUUGUUUUAAUUAUUAUUUUCCUUCCUUUGCCUUUUAUAUUUCAGUAUUCAUGACCAUAAUUUUGUACAUGCAAGUAUAAAUUAAUGGCACUUUUUAAAACAUUAUCUCAAUGGAGCUGAAUAUAGAAAAGGCACUAAAUUGACAAUGGAUAAUAUUUCCUUUCCUUCUUUUAUAAACGAUUAUUGUUAAUAUAUGAUGAAAGUGUAAAUUGGUACAGUUAUUGAUGUAUAUUCUUUAUUCUAUCUUUUUUAACUGCAUGUUGGCCCUAUUUUUGGUGUUUCAGAAGUGACAGUUUAUGGCAGACUCCAUAAUAUUUCAUUAUAAUAGAAUGUAGUUAUUCCACUAUAUGCUUUUAUUGCAUUUAUUAUCAUGUAGAAAUGCAAGUUGAAACUUAACUGUCGGAAGUGACAUGGUAUUAAUUAAGAGAAAAGACUGUGCCGUUAAUAUCUUGUGCUCAAUUAAAACCCUCUUAGUGAAACAUA